GAAAGGCGCGAAUCAAAGCGCACCUCCACAAGCAGCGCAGAGCGUUGCCAAUCUUCCCUGUGAGAAAAGAGUUGGUGCGGGUUGUGAAGCAAAGGGACUGUGUCAUCCUUAUAGGAGAGACUGCCUGUGGAAAGACGACGCAGCUUCCACAGUAUCUCCAUGCCACUGGCUUUCACAAAACGAGGGAUCGUCGGCAUUACACAGCCAAGAAGAGUAGCUGCCGUCACUGUUGCUGACAGAGUUGCCAUGGAAAUGGGCGUCGAGCUUGGCGACUUGGUUGGUUACUCCGUUCGCUUUGAUGACACAACGAGCAAUGCUACCAGGAUAAAGUACCUGACCGAUGGCAUGUUGUUACGAGAGGCCUUAUUGGACCCUCUCCUUCGAAGAUAUGCAGUUGUGGUACUAGACGAAGCUCACGAGAGGACCGUGAACACGGACAUCCUCUUUGGUGUGGUGAAAACUGCUCAAAAGGAGCGGCAACGCCUGAGCAUGACUCCACUGAAGAUUGUGGUAAUGUCAGCCACAAUGGACGUUGACCACUUUUCUCGUUAUUUCAACAAUGCUCCUGUGUACACACUCGAGGGACGACAACACCCCAUUGAGAUGAUGUACGCUGUGAAGCCUCAAGAAGACUACAUCUUCUCUGCAUUAGUCACUGUCUUUCAGAUACAUCGAAAUCAAGGGCCAGGGGACAUCCUCGUCUUUUGCACUGGCCAAGAAGAAAUUGAAUCGGCCGUCCGAGCUGCGAGGGAAACACGGCUUCAGCUUGAUCCAGUGGAGCAAAACCUUCUAGCCCUACCACUGUACGCAGCUCUUCCUUCAAGUUUGCAGCUAAAGGUGUUUCAGCCGGCAGCAAAGGGCUGGAGAAAAGUAAUCUUCUCAACAAACAUCGCUGAGACAUCCAUCACAAUUCCUGGCAUCAAAUAUGUAGUCGAUACUGGAGUUGUCAAGGAAAGGACAUACCAACCAGGGACAGGUCUUGAGGUGCUCAAAGUGAGGAAGAUCUCAAAAGCACAGGCCUGGCAGAGGGCUGGAAGAGCAGGUCGUGAGUGCAGUGGCAUUUGCUACAGGCUGUACACCAAGGUGCAAUAUGAAGCAAUGAGGGAGCACAGCAUUCCUGAAAUACAGAGGUGCAGUCUUUCAGGCGUCGUCCUCCAAAUGCUUGCCUUGGGUAUUGAGGACAUAUUUGCAUUUGAUUUCAUGGACAAGCCAUCAGAGAAGCACCUGACGGAAGCAUUAGACAAACUACAUCAGCUUGGUGCUGUUGAGAAAAAGGAAGAAGUUAAGCUCACAGCCCUGGGUCAAAAGAUGGCUGCCUUCCCCCUGGAGCCUCGGUUUGCCAAGAUCAUCCUGUGCUCAAAGGAGCUUGGAUGCACGGACGAAAUUCUGACCAUAAUAUCGAUCUUGUCCGGUGAUUCCGUGCUGUACUUCAAUGAAAAACAUAGGGAACGUGCUGCUGAAGUCUGGAAAAAAUUUCAGUCAAAUGAAGGGGACCAUGUGAUGCUACUGAAUGUCUACAAAGCCUACAAGAGUGUCAAAGGAAACAAGGCUUGGUGCAAGGAAAACUUCGUCAACAAGAAGAACAUGAUGAAGGUCAUUGAGAUUAGGUCUCAGCUGGCUGACCUCUGUGUGAAAGCAGGUGUGCCAUCGAGAUCGUGUGGCCAGGAUAGCACGGCAUUUAGAAAGUGCCUGGCUUCUGGUCUGUUCACUAAUGUUGCCGAACUUCAGAAAAAUGGAGAUUAUAUAACACUGGACGCACGCAAGAAAGUCCACAUUCACCCAUCUUCUUGCCUGUUCUCAUCUUCACCGGCAUGCGUGGUGUUCACCGAGAUGGUUGAGACAACCAAGUGCUACAUGAGGAAUUUGACUGUGGUGGACCCCGACUGGCUGCCUGAUGUUGCUCCUCAGUAUUUCAAGAAGAAGCGCCUUGGUGCCAAAGCACUAUCCUGACCUAGAGAGGCUGUGCAAUCUCCAACUCAUUGAACUGCCCAAGGUACAUUGCUGACUCAAGGAAUUACAGAUGUACUGCAUGUAUUCCAUGAUCAUCACCACAGCAAUCACCUUUUUGUUAAUAAAUAAUCUAUACAUGUU